ACAGAUAUACAAAUAUUUUGCUGUGGUAGUACAAGAGGAAGUGAAGUGGAGGAAGCGAAUUCAAGAUAGCGAACGAGGAGACAGUGGAAUGUAAAUAGUAUGGCUGUCAGCCAGCGAAGCUCGUUAAACGUUUUCUGUUGAUUGGACCAACAACAGUCUAAAUUUCACUGCUUUUUUGUUGUUGUUGCCAUUUACGUUGUCAACUGGCUUCGUGGUAUGGUACAAUUUUUUUAAAGAAUAUGGUUACUCGAAUUCACCAGCUGAUAUUUUCAGACGAAGCUAAGAAGUCAACCAUACCGCAUUUGAUAUCCUAGAAACAUACUGAGUCAUCCAUGUCACGAGGCAAGGGACAAGCUUGACCAGCUCCAUCUCCCUUGUCACUUGUCCACCUCUCUGGUGUAUUCCAUUGUAUAGUCAGGAAAAGCACAACUUUUAUAACCAGAUAAGUUGUGCCUCCCCCAAAGAUAACUUUGCUCUAGUUUGCAGCUGUUGCUGCAAUGGACAGAGGCAGUGCUGCAAAUUAUCUUCUGAAUGACAAAACCGACAGGGCGACUGUGGAUUCUGCUGUACGUCCAUCAACCCUGGUUUGCAAACUAAGGAUACUGUUACUCAGGAAUACCAGGGAACUGAUUGUCGAGUAGAUUUCCCUCAAGAUUCACCUAGAAGGUCACUGCCAACUUUUAAAGCCUUGAAUAGUGUUAAUGUAAAGGGCUGAGUUUGUAUUUCUAUGCUUAUACAGCCUAAGCCUGAAGUCUUUACCAACGACUUGGCCUUAUUUUCUAUUGAUUAAGUGCUACAUUGAACAUUACCCGGCUAUGGCGGAUUCUGAGAUAGUCGGAGGAGAUCUCCUGAGCGUUGUCAAAGAUGACUGCUCUCUGACAGAGGCCAUUUCUGAGGAGUGUGGCCAUGCACCAGGGUCCUCUGUGGCUAAAGAAAGCCACAAAGCAGAGCCCUUGGACCGUGAAGAUUCCACCAAAGUCCCAUCAGUCAAGACCCCAAUUAUGGAAGCAGAAGGUUCUGGCAAACACAGUGGAACCGCACUCACGCCAGCCGUCAUGUCUGAAAACGGCACAACAGAAGACGCUCAAUCCACCCCGCAGAGCCAAACUCUGAACGGGGAGAGCUCAGAGGCCAUGUUUGGAAGGUCGGACGAGAAUAGCCAGUCGGCUACAAGCGACUCUCCCUCCUUCUCCAUCCGCAGCCUGGAGUUCUUCGAGGGCAACACCGGGAAUGACGAGCCAUUGUUGUCCUACUCUGCCCUGGGCGACGAGGGCCGCUCCCCCUCUGCUGACGUCCCCGGCCUGGUCAGUGACGUCCUGGCUGCCGCAGCCACGGGAGGGGCCACCGCCGCCCCAGAGCCCAUGACGCCGGCCUACUACUUUGUGAAAUGGAUCACCUGGAAGGAGAAGAAGACACCCAUCAUCACACAGAGUGAGAACGGGCCCUGUCCCCUGCUGGCCAUCAUGAACACCCUGUUUCUGCGCUGGAAGGCCAAGCUACCCGCCCAGACAGAAGUAGUCACCACAGAGGACCUGAUGGCUCACCUUGGAGAGUGCGUAUUGUCCAUCAAACCCAGGGAGAAGGCUGAGGGAAUGGAGCUCAACUUUCAGCAGAACAUGAGCGAUGCCAUGGCAGUUCUGCCAAAGCUGUCCACGGGCCUUGACGUCAACGUGCGCUUCACAGGCGUGUCGGACUUUGAGUACACACCAGAGUGUAUCGCCUUUGACCUGCUGGAUAUCCCGCUCUACCAUGGCUGGCUGGUGGACCCUCAGAGCCCUGAGAUGGUGGCAGCGGUGGGAAAGCUAAGCUACAACCAGCUGGUAGAGAAGAUCAUCGGCUACAAGCAUUCGGAAGACAGCAGCCGUGUCAGUGAAGGUUUGGUGGCAGAGCAGUUUCUGGAGUGCACAGCGACCCAGCUAUCGUACCACGGACUUUGUGAGCUCAACACUAAAGUCAAGGAGGGCGAGCUGUCCGUAUUCUUCAGAAACAACCACUUUAGCACCAUGAUAAAGCACAAGGGCCACCUGUACCUGCUGGUGACAGACCAGGGCUUCCUGCAGGAGGAGGGGCUAGUGUGGGAGAGCCUACACAACGUGGAGGGCGACGGCAACUUCUGUAACUCAGACUUCCGCCUGUGCCACCCGCCCCAGAGGAGCGUCCUCGUGACUCAGCCCGACAGUCUCACGCCCCAGCAGCAGCAGAGACAGAUCGACCAGGACUACCUAGUGGCCAUGUCUCUGCAGCAGCAGCAGGGGGUGGCCCCGGGGCCCCUCAGUGACCUGGACCUGGCCAGACGGCUGCAGGAGGAGGAGUACCAGAAGCAGCAGCAGCAGCAGCAACAAGGUCCCUCCCAGGCCCCAGCACAGCAGGUGAGACGUCAACUGGCAGCCAAGCCAGGAGGUCAGAGGAGACGGGAGAAAAAGGAUGAUUCCGACUGUGCCAUAUUAUAGCGACACCUAAACUUACCCUAUUCCCCCAUGAGCCUGCACUUCAUUGCAUUAAGCCAACCCCUAACACAUACACACACACACACACACAGUUAGGGGAUUGUGCCCCUGCCAUCUCAAUGCCAAACUCGCCCUUCACACUAAACCUCGAGGUUGUACCUCCCCAUUUCUCAUCCUUGUUCUUCUUUGAACAUCCAGGCCAGAAGGUGGCAGUACUAGUCCCGCUUUGCUAGACCUCAGAACAGAAUCUAAAUGUGAAUUGAGGCUGCAGAGAGGAAAUCCAAUGCAGUUGGUUGGUUACAGCAGCUGACAAUCAUCCAAGACACGUCACAACCCAGGUAGUCACACAUCAGGGGUCGUCUUCUAUUCAACUAUCACUGCCCCUCUUGAGAAAUAUGAGCGAAGUUUGUAACUGUGGUCUGGUUUGGUUUCUAUGGCAACGAGGCCGACAGUGGUCUGAUUUUGUAAGCUAAGUGGACAGAAAGUGAAGGUCUAAAUUAAAGGGAAGUCACUACAGCUCUGACCAACUGAUGCAUCUUAAUGGAUGAUGCAACUUUUGAAAUUGCAAAAAAAAAAAAUUAAAUUAAGAGCACAAAGACAACCCCCCCUUCGCUGCUACCUUCUCGCCCUAGAAAGAUGUUUUUAAGCAAACUGUAGGGUAGUUGUCAUCUGACUCAUUUAAGCCAUGAUGGAAACUCGAGUACAUUCCUGUCCUAUACAGAACAAUGCACAAUUAUGCCUGGAUCGAGAAGCGGACUCUGCAAGCCAGACGAACGAACGAAGAGAUGGCCGUUUUCCCAAAGUCCUAUCUGCUAGAGUAAGCAUGGGCUUUUCUUUCCCUGUCAUAUAGUGUACUAUGCUGUAGUUAGUAGCAGGGAGGAAUUAUGCAAAAGUAGAAUGGUAUGGGCAGUGAAGGGGAUCUGCUGGAGCAUCUUUUGUGGAUGACUUUUGAGAUCAUUGGAGGGUUAAAGAGGACUAUAUGGGAAUAAGAGUCGCAUUAAAGGUCCAAUGCAGCUGUUUUUAUCUAAAUUUUAAAUAAUUGAAAGGUAAGAAUUUUACAUGGUCAAAAAUAAUCAAAUAGCUUCUUAGGAAAGAGCAAUUUCUGGAGCAAGAAUUUUGAUAGGACCGUCUAUCUGCGAGUGUUCUGAGUGGGGAGGGGAAACCUGAAAAUUAGCUGAGAGGUUUGGAACUCUUUCUUAUUGGUCUAUUAACCCAUUUCAGGCAGGCCCAAAUGUCAUCCCAAAACCACAGGCUAACAUUUCUGAAUUUAACAGUAUUAUUCCAACAUCAGUGUGGAGAUACAUACAUUAUAUAUAUAUAUAUAUAUAUAAUGUAUGUACAGUGCCUUGCGAAAGUAUUUGGCCCCCUUGAACUUUGGCCCCCUUUCAACCUUUUGCCACAUUUCAGGCUUCAAACAUAAAGAUAUAAAACUGUAUUUUUUUUGUGAAGAAUCAACAACAAGUGGGACACAAUCAUGAAGUGUAAUGACAUUUAUUGGAUAUUUCAAACUUUUUUAACAAAUCAAAAACUGAAAAAUUGGGCGUGCAAAAUUAUUCAGCCCCUUUACUUUCAGUGCAGCAAACUCUCUCCAGAAGUUCAGUGAGGAUCUCUGAAUGAUCCAAUGUUGACCUAAAUGACUAAUGAUGAUAAAUACAAUCCACCUGUGUGUAAUCAAGUCUCCGUAUAAAUGUACCUGCACUGUGAUAGUCUCAAAGGUCCGUUAAAAGCGCAGAGAGCAUCAUGAAGAACAAGGAACACACCAGGCAGGUCCGAGAUACUGUUGUGAAGAAGUUUAAAGCCGGAUUUGGAUACAAAAAGAUUUCCCAAGCUUUAAACAUCCCAAGGAGCACUGUGCAAGCAAUAAUAUUGAAAUGGAAGGAGUAUCAGACCACUGCAAAUCUACCAAGACCUGGCCGUCCCUCUAAACUUUCAGCUCAUACAAGGAGAAGACUGAUCAGAGAUG